UCCUGUCCACAAGCACCUGUGCAAUUUCUGAUAGAGAUAUUUUCAAAUAGGUAGAUAGUUGAAGAUGUUAAGUUUGAGUUCCGUGUCGUGGUUUCAGACAAACUCUUUCAGAUUGAGAGCACCGUGAUAAAACAAUUGAGAGACGCCAUUGUAGACCAGUACAUGGAUGGUAGCCUGGUUGCCACCGCCUGGGAUACUAUUCAGGUUAUGGCUGAAUGUUGUGGGUGCGAAGGUGCAGACGACUAUAAACUGAGUUCGUGGAAAAAUGCAACAACCACAGAUAAAAAGCAAGCCGUUCCCAACAGUUGUUGUGUGUUGAAAGAAAAAAACCCGACAACUCCAGAGCCCACCAACACAUUACUGUGCCAUACGAUGACCUCGGGCUUUUGGCAUAAAAGAGGCUGUAUCGAAGUCCUGAAAGAAUGGUAUCACAGCAUAAGUAUCCUCACGUUGUCGGCAGUCGGGGGACUAGUUGUCAUGGAAAUACUUUGCAUUGUUUUUGCGGCGCGGUUAUUUAAGAAGACAAAUGAAAAAAAGGAACACGAGAAGAAAAAGAAAAAAGAAGCCCUCGAAAAGGAAAAGGCAGAAAAGGAGCUCGCCUCUAGAUAAAGACGGUGCCAAUGCAACGAACUCUGGAGAUCGAGGACUGAUAUGUACAAUAUUGCAUUCUUUUAAAAUAUAUGUUACUAGUAUGUGAAUGAAAUGAUAACGACCCAUUUCACGAAUUUAAUGUGAUAGAAAACGAUACAAGGGAGAGUCUUUCUCAUGAUAAUUUCAAUUUGUAUAUUUCUUGAAAAUUGUAAGCAAUUUCAUUAAUCUAAGUCAAAUUAAUUUCAAUAUAAUGUUUUUCCUAGCCUGGAAAAGGACAAUAAAAACUGCUACAUGUAAAAUAUGCAUUUUGAAAUGUCAAUACUUGUAAUCAUAACAUUAAUGUCAUUGAUUUGUUUUGUCAAUUGGAGAGUCAGGUGAACGGUCAAAUUUCAAAAGGUAAAAAAUGGUAGGUUUAAUUUUUUUCAUUUAAUAUAAAUAUCAACUAAUGGGAAAUAUGAAAGCCGAAUUUCAUACAUUUGUUACUCCUACUUUCAGGAAAUAUAUUACUGUUUUAAAAGAUCGUGUCAAAUGUUGGACUUUAUUCUCUUAAUGUCUAAUUUACUAAAUAUCUGGGUUUUUUCUUGAUUUGAAUUUUAAUCAUUUUAGUGAGUAUUAAAAAAAAAGGGGGGGGGGGUAUCUUUGUACAGUAAAAGGAAAAAAUCUAGGUCCAGUGGUGAGUGCCUGUGGAUAGUAUAGCAUUUGUAGAUGUGCAGAACUACUGUUAUUUUGUCUGAACAUAUAUGUGCAUUGGAUUUUUGGUACUUUCGAAUCAGUCUAAAGUUUUGUAUUUCAAUGGAAUUGUUUGAGAUUUAUGUUGUAGGUUUAUAUUGAGUCUCCUAAUUGAUUGGCACGUUAAAAAUCAACAACUUGCACGCGCACGUUAUGACAAAAUAAUACGAAAACAUCAACAACUCUUGUUUCCAACGGAAGACCUUACUAUUCUUAAACUUUUUUCUCUAUUAUCAUUUUUAUUUCUUAUUAUAUAGGCAUUUGCUCGAUUUCGAUUACGUCACUUUUUGCGCAAGAUAUUGACCUUUUUGAUUUUCAGAGGGUCUUUUUGUCCGCGAGUGUUCUCGGACACUUUUUAAAGCAAUACUAUCUGUUGUUUUGGUCUUGGAAAUUUUAGUUGUAAAAUUGUGAAUUACAAUUCCGAUGACGUUUUAAUGAUAUAAACUUUCAUUCGAAAUAAUUGUAAGCCAAUUCAGAGGCCCAGAAAGAAGACAAAAAUACAUUAUUGUCUUCCCGUAUAAAAAUUGAUUUCUGUAUAAUGCUAUAUUAUCCAAU